GGUACAUAGGUAAUUUAUGGGUGUUAGUGUACUUUAGGGUACAGUAGUUAAGAGCUUUAUGAACCGGCGUUAGCCAGAAAGCUCUUAACUCCUGCUAUUUUCAGGCGGCUGGAAUCUUGUCGUUAGAGCUCUAACGCUCACUUCAGAAACGACUCUAAAUACCAGCGUUAGAAAGAUCCCAUUGAAAAGAUAGGCUACGCAAAUGGCGUAGGGGGAUCUGCGGUAUGGAAAAGUCGCGGAUGAAAAGUGAGCGUUAGACCCUUUAAUCACUGACUCCAAAUACCAGCGGGCGCCCAAAACCAGCGUUAGGAGCCUCUAACGCUGGUUUUGACGGCUACCGCCGAACUCCAAAUCUAGGCCUCAGUCAUGGAAGAGGGGCAUACUAUAGUGAGCAGUCAUUCAGUUAUGGAAGAGGGGCAUACUAUAGUGAGCAGUCAUUCAGUUAUGGAAGAGGGGCAUACUAUAGUGAGCAGUCAUUCAGUUAUGGAAGAGGGGCAUACUAUAGUGAACAGUCAUUCAGUCAUGGAAGAGGGGCAUACUAUAGUGAACAGUCCUUCAGUCAUGGAAGAAGGGAAACUAUAGUGAGCAGUCCUUCAGUCAUGGAAGAGGGGCAUACUAUAGUGAGCAGUCAUUAAGUCAUGGAAGAGGGGCAUACUAUAGUGAGCAGUCAUUCAGUCAUGGAAGAGGGGCAUACUAUAGUGAGCAGUCAUUCAGUUAUGGAAGAGGGGCAUACUAUAGUGAACAGUCCUUCAGUCAUGGAAGAAGGGAAAUUAUAGUGAGCAGUCCUUCAGUCAUGGAAGAGGGGCAUACUAUAGUGAGCAGUCAUUCAGUCAUGGAAGAGGGGCAUACUAUAGUGAGCAGUCAUUCAGUCAUGGAAGAGGGGCAUACUAUAGUGAAUAGUCCUUUAGUAAUGGAAGUGGGGCAUACUAUAGUGAACAGUCCUUCAAUCAUGGAAGAGGAGCAUACUAUAGUGAGCAGUGCUUUAGUCAUGGAAGAGGGGCAUACUAUAGUGAACAGUCCUUCAGUCAUGGAAGAGGGGCAUACUAUAGUGAACAGUCCUUCAGUCAUGGAAGAGGAGCAUACUAUAGUGAACAGUCCUUCAGUGAUGGAAGAGGGGCAUUCUAUAAUGAACAGUCCUUCAGUCAUGGAAGAGAAAUUCAAGAAUUAUUUGGCGUUUUCACCCCCAACAGAAAUAUGGAAUCAUUUACUAUCGAUCAUUUAGAUCUAGAAGACGAAGAUUUCAACCAUUUUAACUUAUCCUAUGUGGAUUUAAUUGAUUACACUGAGACUUCUAACAUUUACAUACUAUACUUGUUUAUAUGUUUGUUUGGUCUCGUUGGAAAUGCCUUGGCCAUCUAUGUCAUUUUGAGGUAUCAAAAAAUGAGGACAGUUACCAACAUUUAUGUGUUAAGUCUGGCUGUGGCCGACCUGCUUCAUAUGAUCUGCUUGCUAAUAGAUGCUAUUGAAGUAGCUUUGUCCUACUGGCCAUUGGGGGGAUUCAUGUGUAGGGUAUACUGGACUCUACUAACAUGGACUAAAUGCUCUAGUAUCUACUUCCUGGUUACCCUUUCCAUUAGUGACUGUGUACUGGUGUAUUUUCCUGCCUUCUCAAACCAACGGCUUGGAUCCAAGAUAGCCAUAGGAGCAAGCAGCUUUGUAUGGGCUCUGUGUUUGCUACUAGUAAUCCCCCUAUUUAGAUAUUCUGAUAUGAAUGAGUUUUAUUCAUGUAAGAUCAUUUGGCCCGAACCAAUAAUAUUUUGGUCUCAAAUCAUUAUAUCCUACCAAUUGUCCAUGACUUUUGCGUUGCCAUUCUUAAUCAUUUGUAUCUGCCUCAUUCUCACUAUAGUUCGCAUUAAGCAACAAGAGAAACCAACUAGUUCUACUAUCAAGCAAAAUCUGAUAAUGAUUGUCGCUCUUUACAUUGUCUUUAUCAUUUUCUGGCUUCCCGUGGAUGUCCUGGAAACAAUGAAAGUAUACAGGAACUUAGAGGAUCUUAGUGAUGUAAUGCUCUACAUUGUUUUACUCAUACCUUACUUAAAAUCAUGUCUUUACCCUAUAUUGUAUGGAUUUUUGUCUCCGGGUUUUAAAGAAGCUUACAAGAAUGUGCUGCUCUGCAGAAAAGGGGCGGACACUAAAAGCACUCAAGAAAUUUCUGACGGUAAACAAGAUGCACCAUCCUCCAACUGCUAGUUGUGAUCUUAUUGGGCUUUAAAGAAAUGAUGUGGCUCAUGAUGCGAACUUAAACAGAAGUUUUUUUUAAACCCAUUACUAGUAAUCAAUUACUAAGAGGACACUGUACAUUGAUUUCUAUGCUUACUUGAAGACCUGCUCUUCAUUAUUAUCACAAAUGUCUCAAUGUAAUAUAGUUUAUAGUUACAAAAGCUAUUUGAUGUUUUAAAUGCAGGAUGCAACCAUAAUAUUAUACUAUAUACAUAGCUGGGAUUUCCUACUAGUUCUAGACUAGUAAACAUUCAUAGUGGACAAUUUCAAAUUUAAUUUCCAGGUAUAUUGUCGAGUACAAUAGUGGUAUAAUAGUAACUUUUCUCUCCAGAGUAAUAAAUUAAAGUGACAAUUUUGCUGCAUUUAUAUAUAUAUAUAUAUAUAUAUAUAUAUAUAUAUAUAUAUAUAUAUAUAUAUAUAUAUAUAUAUAUACAUACAUACACACAUGCUGUAUGUGUGUGUGUAAAAAUAUUGAAAAUAUUAUAAUAGUUUACCCGAAGAACUAUGAUUUUCAUGAUCCCUAGGUUUGCCUUUAAGGGUUCCUUUUCUUUUAUAAAUAAAAAACGUUAAAGGGACAGUCUACACCAACAUUUUAAUUGUUUAAAAAGAUAGAUAAUACCUUUAUUACCCAUUCCCUGGGUUAUAUACUUUUUAUCUCUGUGAUUACCUUGUAUCUAAGCCUCUACAGACUGCCUCCUUAUCUCAGUUCUUUUGACAGACUUGCAUAUUACCCAAUUGGUGAUCCAGGGUACUGAACCUAAAAUGGGCGGGCUCCUAAGCGUUACAUUUGUGCUAUUUAAAUAACGAUACCAAGAGAAUGAAGAAAAAAUGAUAAUAGGAGUAAACGAGAAAGUUGCUUAAAAUUGCAUGCUCUAUCUGAAUCAUGAAAUAAAAUAAUUGGGUUUUGUAUCCCUUUAAGCGUGCUUUACUUUCCUGGCUUAUUUACUAAAUUUAAAGUAUUCAAGCAAAAUAAACUGAGCUCAACAAAUACAA